GGGACGCUCUCCCAGUUUCUGGGUUACUUGAAUUCAGGAAUUGCGAGUGCUCUGGAGCUGGCUGUUAGACGUUAUCGGCAUCAGGCUGCAGAGAUUGAAGGCUAAAUCAAGCAAAUGAGUGAUCCUGAUGGCUAUGUAUACGUCACCAGGUCGACAUCUCAGAAGUUAAUGUCAGAGUGUCUCCCACGUUCUUAUGAGCCAUGUGAAAUCAUUAUUAGUCUAUCAGAGGCGAUUGAGCUCGCCCAAGUCAUAAAAAUGAAAGGCAAAUUCCUCAAAAGGACGAGAGGUGGGGCCUGGUGGCACGUUGGGCCUGUGGUAGAAUUCGAAACUGCUUGAAAACUAUCAAAAGGAUUUGCUGAAAGCUGUAGGCCACAGUGCUGCCGCUCCCAAAAUCCAAAUCUACUUCCAACCUGUAAACCCCUGCAAGUUGACGCAUCAGCAUUGGUCCACCCCUUCGAACACUUGGGUUCUUGGGCGUUUCUUCCUGCGCGUACGUGUCUUCACUUGUUUAAACGGCGCCGUGCUAUUGCGUUAACCCUCAAUUCAACGGAGUUUUAAGCCGCACUCACUGGGGGAGGAAACGCCGAAUGAGAGAAAAUAUCUGCGAGGGAAGAGAAGAAAACGAGAAAGCAGAGGCGAAGAGGAAGAGGAGACGGGGAAAAUGGGCGGAGAGGAGAAGCAUGAGGAAGAGGAAGGAGUAAUGGCGACAGAUUUCUUUUGGUCGUACACGGAUGAGCCUCAUGCUUCGAGGAGAAGAGUGAUCCUCUCUCAAUAUCCUCAAAUCAAAGAACUCUUUGGCCCUGACCCCUUGGCUUUCCUCAAGGUUACUGUGGUUGUUUUGCUUCAACUUUGGACAGCCACAUUACUUCAUGAUGCUGGCUGGCUUAAGAUACUGGGAAUAGCCUACUUCUUCGGGUCUUUCCUCAACCACAAUCUUUUCUUAGCGAUCCAUGAGCUCAGUCACAAUCUUGCCUUCUCAAGGCCUGUUCACAACCGGUGGCUUGGGAUUUUCGCUAACCUUCCUAUUGGCGUACCCAUGUCUGUAACCUUCCAAAAGUAUCAUCUUGAACACCAUCGCUUCCAAGGAGUAGAUGGGAUUGAUAUGGAUGUCCCAAGCAAUAUUGAAGGCCAUCUUGCGACUAAUGUUGUCUCAAAAUCUGUAUGGGUUAUCUUCCAACUCUUCUUCUAUGCUUUGAGGCCUCUGUUUCUCAAACCCAAGCCCCCUGGUUACUGGGAGUUCAUCAACCUUUUUAUUCAGAUAGCUCUGGAUGUAAUAAUGGUUUAUUUUUGGGGGUGGAGGUCUUUUGCUUACUUGAUCCUUUCUACAUUUGUUGGAGGUGGAAUGCACCCAAUGGCUGGUCAUUUCAUCUCAGAACAUUAUGUCUUCAAGCCUGACCAAGAAACAUAUUCCUAUUAUGGGCCCCUAAAUUUUCUUACUUGGCAUGUGGGGUACCACAAUGAACAUCACGAUUUCCCUAGGAUCCCUGGGAACAAGCUGCACAAGGUGAAGGAAAUUGCACCAGAAUAUUAUGAAGGUUUAGACUCUUAUAAGUCUUGGAGCCAAGUCAUAUACAUGUACAUUAUGGACAGAACAGUUGGGCCUUACAGCCGAAUGAAGAGAAAGGUAUCAACUAUUACCAAGAAAUCUGAAUAGUUGCUCCCAUCUUUGCGCUUUCUUUUUCCUCCUCGCCUUGUUGGCAAUGAGUAGUGCUUUUUAUUAUUUGAGGAACAAAAGAAUCUACAGUCUCUUAACAUUUUUUUAAUUUUUAUUGUAGUGGCUGAAUAGUUUUAGUUGAUUAUAUAUCCGUUUCUUUGCAAA